GAAAAAGACCUACGCCCAAAAAAACUACAAAAUUUUAAUUUCGACAGUUCCUUUUUAUUGAUAUAUUUCGUUCGCAGCUUAUCUUUAUUAUUUUUUUUGAACAAGCCACAAAAACACACCCAAAUAAAAGCACAAAAAACCAACACUAUGAGCAGCUUCAGCACCCCGACUGUACAAGUGUUCCACACAGUCGCUGAGCUCAAGCACUGGAGGGCAUCCCAAUCAGCACAAAACAAAACCAUCGGUUUUGUCCCCACCAUGGGAGCGCUCCACGCCGGCCACCUCACACUCAUCAGCUCAGCGCAAAGGGCCACCAACACUGUAGUAGUAAGCAUAUUCGUCAACCCAGCGCAAUUCGCACCCCACGAGGACCUCGACCAAUACCCGCGCACACUCGCACAAGACAUUGCCAAGCUCCCAGCCAACACCGUAGUCUUUGCACCGUCAGUGGCCGAAAUGUACCCGAGAGGGAUAACCACAGAGCGGAGCAAACAGCAGGGAACGUUCAUCGAGGUUCUGGGCCUAAGUGAGAUGCAGGAGGGCGGAUCGCGGCCGAAUUUCUUCCGCGGCGUCGCCACAGUCGUCAGCAAGCUAUUCCAUAUUGUUGGGCCGACGGUGGCGUUUUUCGGCCAAAAGGACGUGCAACAAUGCUGUGUUAUCCGGGCAAUGGUCGAGGACCUGCAUUUCCCCAUUGAUGUGCGCGUCGUUUCCACAAUCAGGGAUCCUGUUGAUGGGCUGGCGCUCAGCAGUAGGAAUGUUUACCUUACGGAGGAGCAGAGACGCAGGGCCCCGGCGUUUUAUCGCGGACUGUGUGCCGCGCGCAGUAUGUACUUGGACGCGGGCGUCAGUGGUCGCGAGGAGCUGCUUGCGGUUGUGCGGGCGGAGGCGGAGCGCGAGGGGCUUGACGUCGAGUACAUCAGCCUUAGCUCCCCACGCGAUCUCUCGGAGCUCCAGGAAAUCGGCAGCGAUGGUGCUAUCCUGUCUGGCGCGUGGCGCAUGGGCACGACGCGCCUUAUUGACAAUAUUCUCAUUGGUUUCAAAUUUUAAUCUCUUU